CUGUAGAUGAGUCGAAUUAACUCGUCUUAUUACUAUAAUGCACCAUAGCCUAUAAUGGAUUUAAAAUAAAUACUAAUAUCAAUAUCGAAACUAAGGGUGCAGUCUGCAAACUCGAGGUAUUGGCCAAGUUGGCCAUACCUCGAGUUAGCCCUAGCCUCUCGGUGACCAGUUUACGUCAACUCGGGGACCUCAAGCUCAACUCGGGGACCUUGACAGAACGAAAUCUUUAUCCUAGUCCCCGUCUAUCCUCUCAUUAGUAAAUCUCUUUCCUACUUCUGUCACCUAUAAGAGCCAUGCACGCCAGCCUCCUAUCCCACCACCUCGCUAAUCCAUGUAUUCCCAUCAUUAGCCAUGGCAUCUCCUGACCAACACAACGGACAUUACGUCCAACAACAGGAUACCUACUCCCCCGAUCUAGAGCGCCGACCUACUGAUGCACACCUGCGGAAUACUACAGUCAAGAACUUCGCAUGGCAGGACAUUACUGUCACCGUCAAGAACAAUAAGACGAAGCAGCCCAAAGCCCUCCUACAGCGCGUUAGCGGGAUUGUAAAUGCAGGCGAAAUAUGCGCCCUAAUGGGGCCCUCCGGCUGCGGCAAAACGACUCUCCUCAACGUCCUCGCCCACCGUGCCGCUGCCUCUGGUGCCGACACCACGGGCUCAACACUCGCCGACGGCGGCGCCGUGUCAACCGAGGCGUUUCGCCGGAUGAGCUCGUACGUUGAGCAGGAGGAUGCGCUCAUUGGCUCGUUGACCGUGAAGGAGACAAUGGUGUUCGCUGCGAGGUUGGGAGGUGCGAGUGGAUUGUCUAAAGCAGAGAGAAUUGAUCGUGUAGAUGGCCUGCUUGAUUCAUUUGGACUGCGUAACCAGUCCGAUACGCUCAUUGGGACGCCGAUUAGAAAGGGGAUCAGCGGGGGUCAAAAGAGGCGAGUUAGUGUUGCUAGCCAGCUGAUCACAGGCCCGAAGCUGUUGUUCCUGGAUGAACCGACUAGUGGUCUUGAUUCCGCUGCCAGCUGGGAGGUAAUAUCGUUCAUCAAGAACAUUGCGCAAAAUAACAACUUGAUAGUAAUAGCCUCCAUCCACCAGCCCUCCUCCUCCACCUUCCGCCUCUUCGACAAAGUCCUCCUCCUAUCCUCCGGCCGCCCACACUACUUCGGCCCCAUCCCCGAGCUAGCCCCUUUCCUCAAGACGAUGGGCCACCCGGUCCCUCUCCAGACCAACACCGCCGAGUUCGUCCUUGAGCUAAUGAACGUCGACUUCGCGCCCGACCAGGCCGCCGCGAGGGCACAGCUAGACGGGAUGCAAGAGGCAUGGGAAACGUCUGCCAUGUCCGCAGCGAUCAGGACAGAAAUCGGCAUCGUCGCCCAGAAAUCCAACCAUGGUAAAACAACAUCCGACGCCAAAGGCGCGCGCGCAGGCUUCCUCACUAUAGUACUAGCGCUGCUACAUCGCUCCUUCAUCAAGAGUUAUCGCGAUGUAGUCGCCUACGGUAUCCGCAUCGCAAUGUACGUCGGCCUCGCCAUCAUGAUGGGCACCGUCUGGCUCCGCCUCGGAGAUGACCAGCGCUUCAUCCAGCCCUUUAUCAACGCCAUCUUCUUCGGGAGUGCAUUCAUGUCCUUCAUGGCCGUCGCCUACGUGCCCGCUUUCCUCGAGGACCGGGCGACGUUUGUCAAGGAACAAGCGAAUGGACUUUAUGGCGCGCUCCCAUUCGUCGUGGCGAACUUCCUCAUAGGACUACCAUAUUUGUUUCUAAUCACAGUACUGUUUAGUAUUGUGGCGUACUGGUUGUCCGGGUUUGAGCCGACAGCAGAGGCGUUUUUCACAUGGAUCAUGUGGUUGUUUUUGGAUCUUGUCGCUGCGGAGAGUUUGGUAGUGUUGGUGUCGUCCUUGUUUCCUAACUUCGUCGUAGCGCUCGCGCUGACCGCCUUCGCCAACGGACUCUGGAUGUCCGUCGGCGGUUUCCUCGUCCCCCCCACCGUCCUCAAUGUCUUUUGGUACUACGCGUUCUCGUUCAUCGACUACCAGCGCUGGGUGUUCCAGGGCAUGAUGGUGAAUCAGUUCCAGAACCAGACGUAUGGGUGUGGGGUGGGGUGUAAUUGUAUGUACCAGACUGACCUCGCGCCUCAGUGUCGGAUCGAGGGGACGGGGAUAUUAGGUCAGUAUGGGUAUGCAACUAAUCGACAGGGACAUUGGGUGGGGAUCCUUAUUGGGAUUAUUGCGGGGUACAGAAUACUCGGCUGGCUCGUGUUGGUUUUCCGGAAGUAGGAGGGGAGGAAUCUUAGAGGUAAUGUAUAAUAGUUUGGUGAGUGAAUCGUGGUAUGAUAGGGGGUUGGCUGAAUCUACUCUGUUUAUAUAUUCUUUACGUAAAAUAGCUUCGUCUCUGUGUUAGUAGUUAGUUCUUCUUAAGAGAGGGGUCUCCGUCUCGAAA